UGACGUCACCCAAGCGCCGCUCGCCGGAUGCUUUCCCCGCCCACGCCGCAGCCGUUCCCUCUUUCCGGACCUGGCUGAGCAGGAGGCGCCAUCAUGGGAGUUGACAUCCGCCACAACAAGGACCGAAAGGUUCGUCGCAAGGAACCCAAGAGCCAGGACAUCUACCUGCGCCUCCUGGUCAAGCUAUACAGGUUUCUGGCCCGGAGGACCAACUCUACCUUCAACCAGGUUGUGCUGAAGAGACUGUUCAUGAGCCGCACCAACCGGCCGCCCCUGUCGCUCUCUCGGAUGAUCCGGAAGAUGAAGCUUCCUGGCCGAGAAAACAAGACAGCCGUGGUUGUGGGGACCAUAACGGAUGAUGUGCGGGUGCAAGAGGUGCCCAAGCUGAAGGUGUGCGCCCUACGAGUGAGCAGCCGGGCCCGGAGCCGCAUCCUCAAGGCUGGCGGCAAGAUCCUCACCUUUGACCAGCUAGCCCUGGACUCCCCCAAGGGCUGUGGCACUGUCCUGCUGUCUGGUCCACGCAAGGGCCGCGAGGUGUACAGGCAUUUCGGCAAGGCACCAGGGACACCCCACAGUCACACCAAACCCUAUGUUCGCUCCAAGGGCCGGAAGUUCGAGAGAGCCAGAGGCCGACGUGCCAGCCGAGGCUACAAAAACUAACCCCAGAUCCCGUUCUGUUAUUAAAACAUUUGGAUGUUCACUGCA